AUGACUAAAGAGAAUGUAUCGAAUUUAGAAGGUGAAGACAAUGUGUCGAAUUUAGAAAGUGAAGAGAAUGUGUUUGAUUUAGAAAGCAAAGAUGAAGAAGAUACAGAACUUGCAUAUUCAUUAGUUGAAAAUCAGGCCUUCGAAUCUUGGGAAGCUGUUGAUAAGUGGUUUGAACUUUAUAGUCAAGAAAAUGGUUUUGCAUUUUGUGUAACUUAUAGUGACCAUAAUAAAGUCGAUAAAAAACUGAGACAUCGUGUAUAUUCAUAUAUAAAAAGACAGAACUAUGUUCAACACAAAGAAGCAUAUGUGCUUGAUGAGAGAAAUAAAAGUCAUAAGGCAAAAGAUUGUCCCUAUCAUUGUAAGAAGCGUGUAGAAGGUGAUGCAGGUAGUACAUAUCUGGAGCUGAUUAGAAAACAAUGCGAUGAGCCUGGUUAUUAUAUUGACACAAAAUUUGAAGGGGCAGACAAUUACUUGCUUUGUAUUGUAAUAGUUAUUGAUAAUCAUAAUUGUUCACAUUUAGUAGCAACUGUGGUUAUUUCUAAUGAGAUAAAAGAGACUUUUUUAUAG